ACUAAUUGAAUUUAAAAAUUGAACUUCGAUGAUGGGUUGCAAGGGGAAGACGAGAAGCAGAAGGGCUGCUUCAGCUGGAGAAUGAGAGUAGCCUCUGUAUCUUUUUCUUUACUCAUCUUAGAUCUACCUUUCUCUGGUUCAAAUCCAUAUAAAAUCCACUUGAAAGUACCGAAUUUUGUUAUCUUGAAGAGGUAGUAACUAAAACGAACCAGAAAAAUGGACGCAUUAAGGAAACAAGCCAGCAAGCUAAGAGAACAAGUAGCCAAGCAACAACAAGCUGUGAUAAAACAGUUCAGUGGAACUGGUUAUGAAAGCUCAGCUGUCAUGGUUAUUGAUGAGGUUGAGAUGCAGAGACAUCAACAGCUGGAGAAACUGUACAGGUUGACUCGUUCAGGGAAGGAUUUUCAGAAGGAUAUUGUUAAAGCAGCGGAAACAUUUACAGCCAUUGGGUACAAACAUAUUGAAGCAGGAAUCAAAUUGUCUGAGGAUUGCUGCAGAUAUGGAACUGAGAAUGCUAAUGAUAACAUGCUAGCUAAGGCUGUGGCCAUCUAUGGUGAUGCUCGUAAACAUGUGGAGAAAGAGCGAGAGGACUUAAAUCGAUUGUUAUCUUCCCAGAUUUUAGAUCCGCUACGAGCAAUGAUUACUGGUGCUCCUCUGGAAGAUGCACGCCAUCUAGCUCAACGUUAUAGUCGGAUGAGACAGGAAGCAGAGACACAGGCAGCAGAGGUUUCCAGAAGACAAGCAAGAGUAAAGGAAAUGCCAAUUCCUGAAAAUGUUGCAAAGCUGCAUGCAGCUGAAGCAAAGAUGCAAGAACUAAAAGCAAACAUGGCUGUUCUUGGUAAAGAAGCUGCAGCUGCUUUGGCUGCUGUUGAAGCACAGCAGCAAAGAUUGACUUUCCAGAGGCUUGUUGCAAUGGUUGAAGGAGAAAAGAAUUACCAUCUGAGAAUUGCUGCCAUUCUCAGUGAGGUUGAAGCUGAGAUGGUCUCAGAGAAACAGCGGAAAGAGUCUGCUCCUCCAGUGAUUUCAUCUCCUGUAAUUCCAUCAGAGAAUGUAUCAGAGAAAACCAUGUACUUCUUGGCUGAAGCAACACAUCCUUUCAUUGCAGAAACGGAGAAGGAGCUGAGCUUGGAAGUGGGUGAUUAUGUUGUCGUGCGAAAGGUGAGCCCAACUGGAUGGUCAGAAGGAGAAUGUAAAGGAAAAUGUGGGUGGUUCCCCUCAGCAUAUGUGGAGAAGCGCCAGAGAAUUCCCACCAGUAGUGGGGCUUCUCAAGUUUACUAGUCUUACUCAAGUGCUCAGCGGCUGGUCAACUUUGUUCCACCAAAUUGGAGUAGCAGUACUACGCUGUGGAAUUUGAAUUUGCGAAAGUAAAAAGAAAGAAUGAAGAUUGUUGUAUUUUUUAACACCAUCAUGUUUAUGGAGCCGGGUACCUCAUUUGAAUGUAUAUCCUAUCGUUGAAUGUUGGAAGUCAUAUGUGCAGUAGUAAAACUUUUUCUUUGUUUAGAAUCAUAAAAAAGUUUUGUUUAAUAAAAGCUAUUCCAUAUUUAUCAUCAAA